GUAAAUAACAAAAGUUGACAGGGCUGCAUCGCUCUAAUUACCAGACGCUAGUUGCGCCUGCAAGGCCGACUUGCAGCUACGGUAGCGAAGCGCUUCGGUGGCAGCCUCCCCCGUAUCAAAUUGCAAAUUCGAGUAAUUUAUAGCAGCGAUUAACUGCAGAAAGCCUUAGAGGCAAGCGCGCGGCAGAAUGGCACGCUUUCGACACUUGAGACCGCUCGCAUAGCCACCGGCAAGUCUACCAAAUAUGGCACGACUAUAGAAAGUUGCCUCAUCAUUGUGGACGGCUUAGCCCACAAGGAGCUCCUCGGAGAGAAACAGUUAGCAUGCAUGGGAAGCUGACAGACGGGACCUCACGGUGCUGAGGGGCCAAGAGGAGAGGAUGGAGCCCUCCGACACCGCACGCCACGUCCGGGGGUUGAGCGCCGCGCCCAGCCGGCCGCCUGGGGCAGCAGCGGCCCGAGGCCCGCCGGCCGCGGCCCCAUCCCCCACCGACCACAGCGGCGGCGCCUUUGGGGCGGAGCGGCGCUCUCCGCCGCUCCUACCCUCUCCUGCGGCCUCGUCGCUUGAGCGGGGGGAGCGGCGCUCACCGCACUGGCCCCACUCGCUGCUGCCCUCGCCCGCCGCUUCCGCACCGUACGUGCACGCAGACAGCAGCGGUCUCGCAACCAGCGCGCCCGUGGCCGCGCCACCGGGCGCGCCUCUAGCCGUACCGCAGCUGUCGCAGCCGCAGGGCCGUCGCAGCUCGACGGGCGUUGCUAGCCUGCAACAGCACUACGGACCAUCCUAUUCGCAAGCGGGGAUGGGGCAGCCGCCGCAGCCGCCGCAGCCCGGCGCGCGCACGUCGCCCGCGCAAUCCCAGUACGGCGGCGCUGCGGGCCUUCAGGCGGCAGGCCAUGUGGGUCAUGUGGGUCAGCCGGGAGGCCCCGUGCCGGCGGGCCAAGCGGCGGCGAUACCGCACAUCGGCCACAUGCUUGCGCGCAAGGGCUCCGGCAGGUCCCUUCGCGGCACCGUCAGCCUGGGACCUGCAGGCUUCCCGCACAUACACCACGUCGGUGGCAGUGGCGGCGGCGGCAGCGGAGAGGACGGCAGCCCCGGCGGGCCCGGUGGCGGCGGUGGCGGCGGCGGUGGCGCGCGCAUCAGCGCUAGCGGCUAUGGCGGCGGUCGGCUGGAGCCCAUGCCGCGCACCACGCUCGCGCAAUAUCAGCGCGCCAUGUCUUCCCACAACGGCGGCGCCGGACCGGGCGCCGGUGGCGCUGGGGCUGGCGGCGCGGGUGCCUCCAGCGCGGGGCACGGCGGGCACGGCACGGCGGCCGGUGGGCCGGUGGCCGGCGGCGGCAGCAGUGCCGGCGGCGGCGGCAGUGGACCGGACGGUCGCAUCGGUGGCAUGGGCAGCGCGGGGCGGGGCCUCGACCCCAAUGACCCCCACGUGACCCACAUCAGGCCGGCCACGCAGCUGGCGUUGCUGGUGGACUCGCCGCUACGGCCGCCCCCCGGCGCGCCGGGUGCCGUCUCCAGCAAGCGACUGGGCGCAGCCACCGCCGGCAGCUCCGCCGUCGCCCGUGCCUCGGACCCAGGCGGCGGCGGCCGCAUCGCCGCACUGAUGCCCACCCACUCCGUGCGCAUGCCGGCAGGUGCCGGCGGCGGAGCCGCCGCCGCCGCGGCGGCGCUGGGGGCCGCUGCUGCGGCCGCAGCGGCCUUGAACACGGCUGGCGCCGUGGCGCACCCGGCAGUUGCGCGGCUGCAGCUCAGCGCGGCCAGUGGUGGCAGCAACGCGGUGUCGCGCACGGGCUCGGCGGGCUCAGCCGGCGGCAUUUCCGGCGUGUCUGCUGCCACGCGUGUCUCCUCCUCGCUGCUGCCGGGCUCCCAGGGCGUCAAGACGCCUGCGUACUCCAUACUGGGCACCGCAGCCGCAUCGGGCAUGGGUGGCGCAGGUGCAGGCGGGGCUCUGGCAAGCCUGGGUGGGCUGUCGCCGCAGGGUCCCGGCAUGCAUGGACAGGGGCAGUACAGCCCCCUCGCAAGUAGCAGUGUGGUCAACAGCCGGACCGCAAGCGCCAUUAGCGGCGCGCCUGGUGCAAGCAUGCGCGGGCCAUCGCUGCUACGGCAGGGCUCAGGUAUUACGAGAGGCCCUGUGGCCAUGAGCGGCGGCGGCGGUGGAGGAGGGCUCAGCGGCUCGGCGUCACUGCCGCUGCCGACCCCGUUCAGUGGCGCCGGCGGACCUCCGAGUGCUGCUGCCAGCGGUGCGCUCAGCGGCGCGGUCACCGGCGUGCGCAUGCUGGCUGGCCUCAGCGGCGUGCUGGGCACGGGGCAUGCCAGCACUAGCAGCGCCGCGGCGGGCGGCGGAGGCGGAGGCGGUGGCACGGUCACACGCCAGCCCAGCAGCGAGCGAGGCUCGGCCGGCAGCUAUGGCCACGGCUUCCAACGCGCCUCUCACGCUGGUCACCCUGUGGGCGCUGCGGGCAGCGGCAGUCUGGCGAAGCUGGUGCUUCUGGGCUGUGCAGGCCCCAGUGCGCAUGCCGCCCACAGCAACGCUGGCGGCGCCACCGGCUCGCCCGGUCUUGUCGUGGGCGGCGGCAUGGGGCGCUGCGCGGAGGACGGCGACGAUGCACGCACUAUGAGCGGUGCCAGUGGAGCUGGGACGGGCGGUGGCGAGGGCGGAGGCGGCAGUGAUGUGGAUGACGGGCGCAGCAGCCAUGAGAGAGGCGGUGGAGGCUGGUUCGCGGCGUGUUUUGCUUGCUUCAAGUCGCCGAGCGCCCGCACCAUGACGACUGACUAUCAUGAAGUUGGGCAGCCGGGCCGGCGCAAGUCCCGGUCCCUCAGCCGCCGCCUGUCGCACGCGCUAUCCGACACGCUGAUGGUCCGCAGUAGCACGCGGCUGGGGGCACUGCUGCGUAGCAGUAGCAGCCGCAACACCAGUCAGUCGUCGUCGGCGGUGAAGGCAGGAGGCCCUGCCGUGGCGCAUGGGGCGGCCUCCGUUGCCAGUGGUGCUGGCGGCGGUGGCAGUGGCACCGGGGCUGCCUCAAUCCUCGGACGCUACAGCAGGGGCAGCAGCAGCCGCAAACUGAUGCUGGCGCUGCAGCCACAGAAGCCCAUACUGAAGAACAGCAGUGGUGGUGGAGCCCGACGCAGUGCCGUUGCGCAGCAAGGCGCCGGCGCCCUCGCCUCCGGCGGUGUGUUGGUUGCCACCGACGCGUCUUCCGCCGCCGCCUCCUCCGGCCACCCUGCCAGCGGCUAUCCCGCCAGCGCCUACCCCGCCAGUGCCAGCGGCUACCCAGCUACCGGCGGCUUCUCGGCCGACGUCACGGACUCUGGCGUGGGCACCGACAGCGAUGCGCGGCCCUCGGACGCCCGCAGCUCCGCCGCCGCUGCGUCGACCGCGGCUGUUGCGGCAACUGCGACUGCAGCGGCGGCAGCUGCCGCUGCCGCGGGCUCUGCCGUCCUUGGGUCAGCAGCGGGGGAAAUUAGCACGGGUUUGGACACUGGCACGGGCUCGCCGACGCCGACGCCAGUGGAGCGAUGGCGGCAGCUGCCGUCGCAGCCCCCAUCACCUGCAGUGCAGGUGGAGCCACCGACGCCGAUGCGUUGCACGGAUGAGCUGGGGCAGUCGGCAGCGGCUCCGCACCCGCGUCACGCGCACGUGGGCUCGUCGCGGUUUGGGCCCGCGGUCGCCGCAGCUCCUGCCGCUGCGAGCGCAGCUGUGGGGCUAGGCGGCGGAAGUGCCGCUGGCAGGGCCACCGGCGUGGCGCGCCCGCAGGCGGCCUCCUCUGCACGGGCGUUUGCUGCGGCGCUGCCACCUGGCGGAAACGCGGGCAGCACCGCGGGUUCGGUCACUGAUGAUCUUGACAACCCCGCGGCAGGCCGAUUCCUGCAUGAAAUACCCCAAGGCUCGGAGUUUGCAGCUGCUAGCAGCGGCGCCACGGCUGCAGUGGCCGCUGGCACGGCUGCGGGCGCAUUUGCACGAUCCCGAAGCAGCUUGGGAGCGGGGUCUGGCACGCGCGGAGCGCCGGACGCCGCGACGGUGUCGGGACCAGAACCGAGCGGCGCGCUAAUCGCGGGCGGCCCUGCUGCAAUGCCCAGCCCCCGCUCGAGUGCGCGCAUCAACUCGCUCCCCCGGGGAGGCAACGGGGCGGCUGGCACGCCCGCCCCGAUCGGGGGUGGCUGGUUCGGUGAGCCGCCGCCCGGGGACGCGUCGGAUGCUGGCACCGGCGCCGGGGACAUGGGGGUUGGAGGCAGCGCUGCGCCCACGCGCCGCACCGCGCCACGGCAGGCGGCUUCGCUGUCCGACCUGCCUUUCGCCGGAGCAGACCUUUUGCCCGGCGAUGACACUCUGCCGGCGGGCGUGCACAGUGCCGAGGGGCGCGGCGUGACGGUCUCCGCGGCGGCCCUUCAACCUGUUGCCGUGACGGCCGCGGCGCCGGCGUCCGUGUCGAGCCAGUUGGCGCGUGCGGGCAGCAGCCACGCGCACAGCAGCGGUGGCGCCGCCAGCGUUGGCGGCAGUGGCAGCGCAGUCCCGGGCCUGUCGCUUGUGCACCGGCUGACGCGGCAGGUCUCGCGCAGCGUGCUGAACGUCAUCGCCGGCGUAGGUGGUGUCGGCAGCGGCCCUGGGACCGCCGCCAGUGCGAGCGGCGGGGCCAAUGGUGACAUGCAGCACCGGAGCAGCAACAGCGGCAACACGGGCGCGGCGGCGGCGGCGGCGCUGGCCCGAUUGAACUCGGGCAAGAACGCCGUGCUGCCACUGCCACUGCCACUGCCGCUCCCGCCCAUGGGGCCAUUGCCGGUGCCGCCGCGGCUAGACACCGACUUCAAUACCCAGCACGCGGCGCUGUUCGCGGGCCUUGCGGCGGCUCCGGACCCUGCCGCAGCCGCUGCCGCGUCAGCAGAGGCCUCUCCUGCAGCCGUAGCAUCGCCCACUCACGCGGGCGCGCACUCCCACACCCACGCCGCGGCGCAGUCGCCGAUGCAGCUGCCAUCUCCAUCCGGCCGCUUGGCGCGCAGCUCCUUAGGACUGUCACUGGGGGUGCUGGCGACGCACGCUGCGGCGCCCGUCACGGAUUCCUUGUCGCCGCUGUCCAUAGGCCAGGACUCGCCUCGCGGGCUGGCGGCAGCAGCGGCAACGCCAUCGCCGCGCGGCGGUGGCGCCUCCCAGCGCCGGUCGCGCUUCGAGUCUGACCUGGCGCUGCCCGUGCUGGCUGAGCACGAGCGCAGCGACCUUGGCGGCGUUGCAGAGCUCGGCCGUGGUGGCGGUGGUGGUGAGCAACAGGGCGUCGGCCUCGACGGCGGCGGCAGAGGCGGCGGUGCUGCCAGCGCACAUGGCACAGGCCCUGUCAUUAGCAUCAACGCGAACCCACUUUACGUCGCUGGUCACGCGCCGGAGUCUCUGGCCGCGGCGGCGGCCGCCGCUGCCUAUGCAGCCACGCUGCAAUGGGCGGUGCCGGCCAAGAGUAGCGUCACUGAAGGCCAGGUGCAGCCAUUGCGCCGCCAGGCAGUCAGCGAUAUGGGCAUGGCACCGCACAGCGCCGGUCCUGGUGGGCUCAGCGGCGGCUCGCGAUGGGGCUUUGAGCCCCCUCAGGAAGCCCCCGGCGACGCCGGCGGAGACGGAGGCGGCAACAAAGGCAGCAAAGUUUGGGGUGACCGGCGCCGUGCAACCUUGGUCCACAUCAACUAUCUGCCUCAUGGUGACCCCGCCGACGAUGCAGACGACGAGUCGGGGCCCCUGCGGCCUCGCGGCGCCGCAGGGGCAGAGCAGGCGGUGCCCAAGGGCGACUUCCGCCGCGUAUGGGACCGCCAGGUCGCCACUGUUGCAGCUGCCGCAACCAGCGAUGCAGUAGCGCAGACGGGUGCUGGGCAGCUGCCUACAACAGUGCCAGCGGAGUGGCAGGACAGUGCGGGAGGUGCAGUCCCUAGUGCUGUCCCGGUUCCUACACAGCAGGCUGUGAUGGUGGUGCCUGCGGCCCCGCCGAAACCGGAGCUGGGGCUUAAUGGCGGCCAGGACGGCAACGAGCUCACCAGCCCCGGCGGCGCGAGCAGCGGCGCCUUUGGAUGCAUGCCGCCUCUGCCCACACGCAUGGCGACGCAGACGGGCGCGCUUCACGCCGGCGUCAACGCGCUAGGCAGCAGCGGCGAAGCGGCUCUCUCGCCUCAGGGGCACCGGAGGAGCAUUUCCGGCACAGGGCAACAAGCCGCGCUGCAGCCGUCGCCUCAGUCACGGCCAUUACCACAGCCGAGGGGCCUGGCCGUGCCGGCAGGUGUGGCUGCGGGUGCAGGCUUGGAUGCUGCUGUGCUGGUUCAGCACCCGCAGCCGCGGCCGCUGCAGCACGAGGUACGGCACAGGUACGGCGUCCUGGCAGACGAGGAGACGGACAGCGGCGCCGUACAGCCGUACCGGCCCAGCGCAACCGGCGAGUACGAUGCGGCCGUAGGCAGUUACGACGACGGCGUCGGCAGCGGCGGCGGCGGCGGCACCUACGAUGGGGCCUCGGGUGGCCAAGCUGUGUAUGCGCACGAGGAUGAUCGCGAGAAGCACGGCCGGCAGGUGGCUGUGGCGCAGUCCACACCUCAGGGUGCGGCGCGCGGCGCCCCGCCGCCGCCGGUGUACGGCCGCGUCUCGCAGCUCCGCGCAGCGGUGCCCGUCGGUGCGUUGUCCGGAUGUUCCGGCUAUACCAGCGACGCCUCUGGCUCGGUCUCCGACUGGUACCCGCCGCCCCAGCACCGCCCGCUGCGGGCACUGCGCCUGCCUGCCGGCGCUGUUGGUGGCGGCGCAGCCGCCGCUGGCACAGCUGCCGACCAGUGCACCAGCCCCGCCGCGGCCGACGACGCUGGCGAUGGCGGCAGUUCCAGCAGCGGCGGCGCCGAGCUGGCGUCGCAUCAUGCGCGGCGGCUGCUGGCGGCGGAGCUGCUGCGUGUGCGUAGCAGCGGUGUGGUGCUGCCAGGCGUGACGCUGGAGACGCUGCAGGCCGAGGCGGAGGUGGAGUCGCCGCAGCUGCGAAGCCCAACUUCGCCACGCGGCCACGGGCGCCUGCACAACCACAACCACAAGCACCACCGACAUCGGCAUCGCCCUCGUGCAGGCGAGGUCGCGGAGCUCCAACAGCUGCUGCAGCAGCAGCUAGACCAGCAGCAGCCGCAGGACGCGUGGCCGGCUGGCGCGCAGGAGUGGUUGCCCGGUAGCACUGCGCCGCCCGUGUCACAGCCACCUGCACAGGCAGCACGCAGUACGCAUGUGGCGGCUUCCCGCUCCAACCUGCUUGCUCAGUCGCUUCCAACGCUCACGCCUGGCGCCGGCUUGGGGCAUGCCCUGGUCGGCGCGUCGCGCCUGAGCCGGCCCGCCGCGACCGCGUCCAACAGCGCCAUCGCACUGGAAGGUGCCCAUGAAGUUGAACAGGUGCAGCAGCAGCCCCGGUCACAGCCCUAUCAGCAACAGCAGCAACAGCAGCCGCCGCCCCGGCAGCAGCUGCAGCAGCCGCGCCCGCAGCGCCAGUCAAGCCAGCAACAGAACCAGCGGUCCACGCAGCCGCCGCCAGAGCCGCAGCCCCUGCUGCUGAAGUCUCGGAGCAUGGGCCCCACCUUCGACACCACCGCGCUCGACGCCGCCGUCGAGUCCAUGGACAGGGCUGACGUGGCGCCGACGCCGCCAGCCGGCCGGCAACUACGCAAGGCUCCCACUGUGGCUGCCUACCACCGCCUGCCGGCGGCGCCCGCCGGCGGCCUGCCGCUCACCGCCGCCAUGCUGCGAGCCUCCGCCGAGGCGCUGCUGCAGCGCGGCGGCCUGGUGGCGCCAGCCGCCGGCGGCAAGACUGCCGCCGCUGCGGCUGUGGCUGCGGCCGCUGGUGCGGAGCUGCAGGUGGAGGCGGCGGAGGAGAUGCGUCUGCCGAUGGGCACGCCGCGGGACGCGCUGGAGAGGUGGCUGGUGGACCACUCUAUGCAGCUGGCGGCGUUGCGACAUGUGGGGCCGUUGGACCCCCUGGAUGAGCUGCCGACGCCGCCACAGCAACCGCAGCUGCAGCAGCAACAGCAACAGCAGCAGCAGCAGCAGCAGCAGCAGCAGCAGCAGCAGCAGCAGCUGCAGCAGCAGUGGCAUCAGCAGAACGCACAGAAGCAACCCCAGCAGCAGCAAGUGAUCGUCACGAUGGCAACGGCUGGCAUGAGCGGAGGCGCGAGGCUCAGCGCCAGCGGCGCGCGCGUCAGCAACAGUGGCCACGCGGCGGGUGGUUCCGGCGGGGCCUCUGGCUCUCGGCCGAUGGUGCGCGUCAGCAGCAACGGGAUGGCUCUGGGCGGCGCGCGCGUGGCAUACCCUGCCUUUGAUGCCCGGGUGCCGGCUGCGGGUCCCACCACGGCUGCUGCUGUGGGACCCACGGCGGUCGAGCCGGCACCCAUUCAGCCCCGUUUCUCGAACUCAGCCACUGUGGGUGCGCGUGGCGCGCGCCUCGUGCCCGAGCCCGACGUGCUCCAGCAGUGGCUGCACGGGGGCGGGCCCGCCGGUGGCGGCCCUGUUGCUCAUUAGCAUGCCACACGCACGUCCAGCCAUCCAAGCUGCAGGCGUCCUUUUGCGCUUCAGCUGUGCAUUCGUCUGGAUGCAUGGGGGCACGCCAGCGUACAUGAGGAGCGCCGCUUUGAGCACACAUGGCGACCAACGAGCCUGUCCUUGGCCGAGAGGCCCGGGCAAUCUUCUGGGGGUGUGCCACAGGGUGGAGGUGAUGUGUAGGUCAUGCAUACUGGUGGAAGAUGUGUGCUAGGCAGCCACCUCCUUGUUAUCGCUAUCAGUUUCGCCAGCAGCAGGUUCAGCUUGAUUUGCACUAUGUGAGUCAUUUAAGAAAGUAAUACCGCGUUCAACUACCGUAUUCUCCUUCUUCAUACAUGGUUGCACAUAGGGUACACAUUCACGAGUGCAGUGCUUGGUGGGCACAAACCUUUAACUGUACACAGACAGGGUGUGCUUCCUAACAUUCAGGUUAUGCCUUUGCAAGCGGUUUGUGUGGAAUGGACGAUGUUGCUGCUGCGUUUGAUAAGUUUGGUGGAUAAGGUUGAUUUGUGAUGACACUUGCCCUUGGGGGGACGUCAUAUGUGCUGUCAGCUGCGCUUAUAGAUGCAGGUACCCAGGACAGCACAAGAGGCUGCGAAUGACAUUGAGGCUUGCGUAUAUAUGGGGGUGUUCCUGUGUCAUUGAACAUUAGUGCUGGCGUCGCAACUAGACGGCCAGAGCAGCACUGCCGCGGGGCUCAUCAGAAGCUGUCCGAUGUGGCCCUCUUGCUUCAUUGAUGCAGGGUUCUGUUGAAAUCAAUUACCGAGAUUCUGAACUGGCUGAAUGACACCAGAUGAGUGAUCAUUUAGGCGCGACGCGCAUGCCUGCGUGUUACUCGUUGGGGGUGGGUUUCUUUCCUGGGUAAUGAACGUGGGGGGCCGAACGCUACAAUGCUCAUUGCAGGAUAUGUGCAGCUGAUAUGUAGCAGGCAUGGUAUUUUGGCAUGGUGUUUUGGCGGCUCAGGACGUGUGCUUCACGGUAUGUUUGGUUGUGUAUGUGUGCCAUUGGGAAUGCGGGUGUCGACUGUCCAGUGUAAGCAACCUUGCCAGCUUGAGUUGGGAAGCAAUACGUUCUGACGUGUUUGGAUAUGAACAGGGGCCACACACUCCCGGACCAGGCGGAGGCUCUGCAACUGACAGAUGUCAGGUGGGCCCUCUGGAUGCUUGGCGUUGUUGCAAUUGCUAUUUGUUAUCGAAGAUGCUUUUAAGGAAAUGAAUGCGCACGACACUUGGCUGUCAUUGACGAGUGCUGCGGAACUAAUGCGGGUGCUCACAGCCAUGCCAUAUACGGUACCGUGUGUGCGUGUGUUGCGCGUGUUUACCUGGCGGCUUGUCUCUCAACCAAGGACGUUAGGCGUCAUCAUUACUGUGGGGAGGUAAAGUAUGUGGGGAGGGUGUGCUGCUGCCCCCCAACCUGUCGCUGGGGAAGUGGAAUGGUGCCGCACUUGCUGCCGCCACGUGAUCCGAGACAUGCUUUCCACCUUGGGACAUGACGCGGAAUUUACAGAGACGUUUGUAAUGCAGGGUUUGA